AUGAACUCUUUCGUUAUUGCUCCUCCGACAUUACUUAUCUGCCGUAGCACACCUCUCCCCUCGGAGCGGGACGUGAACAAGCUCUGGGAGUGCUUCAACGACGUGGCCGAGGGCUUUGGCCUCAAACAGGACGAGCUGGUGGAGAUCUGCCGCUCCAUGCAGCAGACGCUCGAGAUCCACGCGCGCAGCGAGAUGGACCAACUCAGCGCCGCGCUCUUCACGGCCCGGCCAUGUCUGAUGAGCGACACCCCCAACACGGUCCUGUGUUCUCGUCUCCAAGUCCCAAGCAGCUCCAACGAAGCGAACGCCAACCCGGUGUUAGUCCUGUACCUUCCAAAAAAACGUCGCUGUCAGGCGUCCGUUCUCGCGUCUCUGUCAACCGGCCAGCAGAGUCGUAGCUCUUGUCCGCCCGGUUCAAGAGUAGCCUCAACACUAACGCGAUCGAGUCCUCAUGUGAAGUCGGCGGCGCCUACACACCUGGAAACCUCGCAACAACCACCGAAGCGACUGCGAUCUGACGUUGCUAAGGUGCAGGUGACGCAGCAGAAAGGUGACGAUUUAGUGGGCAAGCGGGAGUUCGUUGCCCAGCGGAAGCGUGCGAUGCAGGAAUUGCGCAGCGAGAGAGCACGGAGGAUGAAUGCUGCUCUCGAAAAGGAGCUGCUGCGAGCGCGGCGAUUUGACGAAGUCCCGGACAAGUUUUAUGCUGACAAACUCCUGCGCAGUAGGCGCGACGUCUCCUUCCAACUGAUGUGUGAAGGGAUAGCCCGUGACUUGGCAGCAGGGAGAACUCCGGAACACAUCCCAAGAAGCGAUUUUGAGUAG